CCAAACCGAAAGCGUUGGACGGCAAAAGACGAUCUUGACCGCAGUUUAAAUCAUCUUGGGAUAGUUUGUGAAUUAGUCAUAUAUUUAAAUGCCUUUUUGAAAAUACAGCGAAAAGUUAUAACUCACUCAAGCGCACGUCCAGCGUUUUCAUGAAAAGUAUAUGAUGUGCCUGAAUCUCAACUGAUGCCGUCAGACAACAACAACAGCAUUGCAAAAUGAUGCUGUCCUGGCGGUGUGAUAAUGCUGUUCAUGCUUCAUGUUGCCUACGGGUGACCCUAUGUUUAGCCGUUCUUUUAUUUUUCGUUAUUAUUCUGACGACCUUACAGAACUGUUUUGUGAUAGAUGCCGGAACACUGUCGGUAUCUGCUACCGUAAACAAGAAAAGAGUCCUCCACGUCAUCGACGACCGAUACGCCAGCGUCGGCAUCGACGCAUCCCUCGUUCAAGAGAAAUUUAAGAACUUUGACACGAGUUCAGUAAAGUUGCUGACAUUGUCACAGUCUUUAGGUCCAUGUUAUGUGAGGGUUGGAGGAACAGCUGAGGAUUUACUGGUAUUUGAUGACAAGCUACUUGACAAAGAUUCCCCAUUCAGAAAGCCUCAGCAUGUUUUUGUAAUGACAGUUGCAGACUGGGACAAAAUCAACAAAUUUGUGUCUGAUGUUGGUUGGCACCUUGUGUUUGGACUGAACCUGUUGUUACGAAAUGGCUCCUCAUGGGAUCCGUCUAAUGCUGAGGCACUGAUGAAAUACUCUGACCAGAAAGGAUAUCAAAUGCAUUUGGAGUUGGGAAAUGAACCCAAUUCAUUUAAACAUGUCUUUCAAAAGACUGUGGAUCCAAGCCAAUCAGCAAAAGACUUCCAUGUGCUUAGAAAUUUGAUGCAAACAUUUUCAACUUUUAAGUCAAGCCUUCUGAUUGGUCCAGACGUGACACGGCCAAUAAAAACAAGCGAUGAGGAUGAACUGACUACCAGCAGUAAGGAUUACCUAAGACGAUUCCUGAAGACAGGCAGCCCUUACGUGGAUGUUGUAACAUUUCAUCAUUACUAUGUGAGGAGCCAGACAGCCACAGCUAGUGACUUCAGAAAUCCUGCAAUAUUGGACAGUCUACAGGGGCAGAUAACUCUGGCUCAAUCAAUCAUUAACUCGACUUCACCUGGUGGUAAACGUCUCUGGCUUGGGGAGGCAGGCUCAUCAUCAGGAGGAGGGGCUCCCCUUCUCUCCAACAGAUAUAUAGCAGGCUUCAUGUGGCUGGACAGAUUGGGAUUGUCAGCAGUCAGUGGGGUAGAUGUGGUGAUCAGACAGUCUUUCUACAAGGGCAACUAUGCAAUGAUAGACUGUCUGGACUAUACACCUUUCCCGGACUAUUGGUUGACAUUACUGUACAAGAGACUUGUGGGUACACGAGUCCUUGAAGUGACUAGAAGCUCAUUGGAUAAUCACCUCCGAGUGUAUGGUCAUUGUACACGCACAGGGGACAGGUCCAAGUACCAUGCAGGGGCAGUAACUCUGUACAUCCUGAACUUGUGGGCUGUAGAUGUGGAAGUGAAACUUCCCCAGUUCAGUGAGACUGAUCUCCAUCUGUAUCUCCUCACACCAGAUGGACCUUCAGGUUUACAUUCCAGAAACGUGAGACUGAAUGGACAGGUACUGGAGAUGCUCAGUGACAGUGAACUACCCAGGUUAGAGCCUCAGACGUGGCCUGCUGGAAAUCCUGUACACAUGGAAGCCUUGACAUUUGGUUUUGUGGUUAUACCUGAUGCAAAUGUAACUGUUUGCAUGUGACAUGUCAUCAUGAAUUGUAGAAUGUAUGCAUUGAUGCUAAAUGUUCAGUGGCAUUUACUGAUAAGGGUGGUGAAGUUUGCUUAGUUUUGAUGGUGCUUUGCCUACUUUGAUAGUAAGCCAUUAGAUGCUUCUCUCUGGCUUUAACUCCAUGUUGGUAUUUCACAGCUUACUGUAUAAAAAUAUUCAGCCACCUUGUUGUUUUUGUUUAUUGUGAAAAUUAUCUUUUACCCUAAUUCACCUUUUACCUUCCACCUUUUCAACCACCACUACUACAGAUAUUUUGAAAUAUUCUGAGAGAACUACAGGGUGUAGAGAAAUAAUCUGCACAGGUUUGUGAAGCUUGCAUCUUUAGUGACAAAAAGAAAUCAUUUUUGGUGCCAUUUUCAUAAUAAUUGUAUGCAUAAAUUCCACUUAAUAAGAUGCUUUAUUGGUUGAAAAGGUUAAAGAUUUACAGUAUUAAACAGAUAUCUGUGUUGUUGACCGGCCCUGAUAGCUAAGCUGGUAGAGUGUCGGCUUUGGGGUGCAGUAGAUCCAGGGUCAGUCCUGGAUCAGGUCACACCUAAAAUCUUAAAUGAGGAAGUUGAAGCUUCUUUGCUUGGCAUUCAGCAUUAAGGGGAUAGUGCAACAACUGAUUGACCCGUAUCAGUAGAAUGCCUCUUGUGGGGUGGCUUCCUUACCUUUGUUAAGUUGUUUCAGUGAAGCAGCAAUAGAUAAAAGAGCAGUGGACAGGGACAGUUUUGCAACAGGGAGGCACAUGACACGCACUCUAAGGACCCCGUCGUCUUCAUAUGACUGAAAAAUUGUUAAGUACAACCUUAAGCACCAAGCACUCACUUAAUCUGUGUUGUUGAUAAUUGAUUGUCAUUCAUUACUGGAUCAUGGCCUAGGUUAAGGGGCUCAUUGGGUUUCUCCUGGAAAAAGCUGAUGGUUUUUGCCAGGUGCUCUAGUUUCCUCCACCCAUAAACCUGACAGCUGUUUUACAAAUUUAUUUUUAGAGCAUUAAACACCAAUCAAAUAUACAUAUAAAUAAAUCAUUCAUCUGUGAGUGUUCAGAAAACUUAGAUUUAAUUUGCCAGUGUAUCAGCUGUAUAAAUUAACAUUCAUAUAGUUUUUUUCUUUUGUGAUAUUGUGGUUUGAGCAUAUUUGUUUUGUGCAUUUAGAGAAGUAGAAAGAAAAAAAAAUGACUCCACAAAAUAGUUUUCCAGUCCAUGCAAGGAUGAGAGCUUUUUAUACAUUAUGUAUGCUCUUUGAGAAAUAUAACCUAAUCAUUUUCGGAUUUAUUAUAGAAUAUUUGUUCUAAGUUGUGUAAAGCUUUCAUUUGUUUACACAUUUAUUUUCCAUGCAUUUUGUGUAUAAUAACCAACUACAUGUUACAUAAAAUUAUUCUGGGGCCUCCGUGGCUCAGUUGGUUAGCGUGCUAGUGCAGCGUAAUGACCCAGGAGUCUCACACCAAUGCGGUCGCUGUGAGUUCAAGUCCAGCUCAUGCUGGCUUCCUCUCCGGCUGUGCAUGGGAAGGUCUGCCAGCAACCUGCGGAUGGACAUGGGUUCCCCCGGGCUGUGCCCGGUUUCCUCCCACCAUGAUGCUGGCCGCCGUCGUAUAAGUGAAGUAUUCUUGAGUAUGGCGUAAAACACCAAUCAAAUAAAUAAAUAAAUAAAUAACAUUAUUCUGAUGUUUGUAAAUAUUUUGUAAAUUGCAUGUUUUUGGUAAACUUUUACUCUCAUUUCUAAUACUGAAUCUCAGGUUUUUGGACAUACUGUAAUCUUAUGAAGUGAAUGAAAAAAAAAAUACCACUACUAAUAACUGACUGAGUUAGCCUACUUAUCUAUGUACUGUUUAGCAUAAAUUGCCAUGGUCACACCCAUGCCUUGUUGUCUUGGUGAUAUCUAUAUAAUGUGCAUAUUGUGCAAGUGAGAUAAGUCAUAUACAGGCUUACAAAACUUGGCGGGAUCUUACCUUUUGACUAGAUAAGGUUGUGUAUUCAGGUCUGUGACAAAAAUUAUCAUAAAAUGCUUGGCAUGUUUUGGCUGCUGGAACAGAGAUAUUAGUAAUGAGGAAUGUCGUGUAUUAUGUCUAAUCUUCACUUGCAUAUACAUGUAUACCCAGUAAUCACAGAUUUUAUACAUGAUAUCUCCUCAUUAAUAUGAUAUUGCAGACAUAUUUUGUACAAAGGUAUGUAUUUUUGUCUUGUUACAUAUACAUCUAAUA